AGUCAAAAGCUCAGCCACCUUAAAUCCUGUAUUAACAGAAUUAACCCAAUCACCCACGGUAGGAGUGUGUUUCCCCCUGCACUUCUUAAGUCUCACUGUCUCAUCGUCAAGACACACACUGGAUCCUCUGGCCAUCGUCAGAAGACACAACGCAAAGGGUUUUGUUUAGACUCUAUAAUAAGUCAGGCCAGUGAGCAGGAAGUCAUAUUGGACAAAGAAGAAGUCCAGGGGUUGAGCCUCUGACGAACCCAAGAUACAAAGAAGCUACUAAGAAACUAGAAGCAGCCAACAUGGGAAAUGCCACCAGUAGCGCAUUAUCAAAGGAAAUCCUGGAGGACCUGAAGCUCAGCACCAAAUUCACCGAGAAUGAAAUUUGCCAGUGGUACGAGAACUUUCAGAAGCAGUGCCCGUCGGGACGCAUAUCACCCGAGGAGUUCGAGCAGAUCUACACCCGCUUCUUCCCGGACAGCGAUGCCAAGAGCUACGCGCGGCACGUGUUUCGCUCCUUCGACACCAACGACGACGGCACCUUGGACUUCAAGGAGUACAUCAUCGCGCUGCACAUGACCUCCACUGGGAAGACGACCAGGAAGCUGGAGUGGGCCUUCUCCCUGUUCGACGUGGACAAGAACGGAUACAUCAACAAGUCUGAGGUGACGGAGAUCUGCCAGGCCAUUUUUAAGCUGAUCCCCAAGGAGGAGCAGAACCGGCUACCGGAGGACGAGAACACACCCGAGAAGAGGGCCAACAAGCUGUGGGGGUACUUCAAUAAGAGAGACAACGAGCGGCUGGCGGAGGGAGAGUUCAUCACGGGAGUGAUCGAGAACGACAAUGCGAUGCGUCUGAUCCACUAUGAGCCGAUGAAAGACUGAGGCUGCCGUUCCACCCUCCACCUGCUCUUCUUCUUCUUAGGUUCUCACUGUCCUCUCAAACCUGUUCUGUUCCUACCGUUCAUUCAACUCAAUACCUCAGUGUAAAUAUAAUUUUCUGCAGUGUCCUCACUUUCUAGUAACUUUAUAUCACAUUGUUUUACUAAUGUUUCUCAAUGAAUUUCUAUAAACUAGGAGCUAAUAGCGGUAUUUUGGCAAAGUGUUUCAGAAUAUGUACAGACAGAAGCAGACACCGUCCAAAUUCUAAUUAUGGGAACUAUGAACUACUAAUUAAACAACAUUGCGAAUGUGUUGGAUGAACAUUGAUGUAUUGUUAACUCUUUAAAUGUUUGAAAUGAAUCUAGGUGAUCGACCAGUUUAGACUCAGGCUUUUGUACAUAAGGUGAAAUGUCCUGUUAGAGAUUCAAUCUUCAAAGUGUUGUGAUUUGGUCACUCUGUAGUAGAUUAAAGGUUUCCUCACA